GUCGGAGUUCACCAAAUACUGAUGAUGUCAUCGUCUGAAGAUGGCUGAAGGAGAAGGCUGGUGGGGAGGCUGGUUUCAGCAGAGCUUCCAGGCAGUAAAAGACAAGUCAUCUGAGGCCUUAGAGUUCAUAAAGCGAGACCUGACUGAGUUCUCCACUGUAGUUCAGCAUGACACGGCCUGCUCGAUUGUGGCUACAGCCAAUGCUGUCAAAAACAAGCUCGCUGUGGAAGGGUCUUCUGACACGACAGAAAAGGUGAAGAAGGGCCUGUCUAGCUUCUUGGGGGUAAUAACGGACACUCUUGCGCCACCUCCUGAUAAAACCAUUGAUUGCGAUGUGAUCACAUUGGUGGCAACGCCAGCAGGAACCACAGAGGUCUACGACAGUUCUAAGGCCCGUCUCUACAGUUUGCAAGCUGACCCGGCUACAUACUGCAACGAGCCUGACGGUCCUGCUGAGCAGUUUGACUGCUGGCUAUCCAGUUUCAGUCUGGAAGAGAAGAAAGGAGAGAUCUCAGAGCUUUUGGUCAACAGUCCAUCUAUACGAGCGCUUUACACCAAAAUGGUUCCAGCUGCUGUUUCCCAUUCAGAAUUCUGGCAGAGAUAUUUCUACAAGGUCUUCCAGCUGGAUCAGGAGGAGGCGAGGAGGGUGGCCCUGAAGCAAAGAGCAGAGCAAAGUGCCCACACAGAGACACUCGGCUGGGAGGAGGAAGAGGAGGACGAUUUUAUCGGCGCCGCCUCACCGUCUCCUCUCAACCUCAAGCCGCCGUCUGACAGCGUCCCGCCCGGCGCCUCUGCGGCUCCCGCAGACGCGACACUGAUGAGCCCUGUCCUUUCCCCCGGCGAGGAGCCGAACACCACCCUCUCAGUCAGCAGCGACAGCAUCAGCCUGCCGACGCAGGUGGAGCUGCAGCCUCCGCCCGUCGCCACAGAGCUCACCAAGAAACUGAACGAAGCCACGUUGGAGGAUGUUGUCGAGAAGAAGGCAGAAGAGCAGAAGCCGGGAAAGGUUGAUUCACCCCCCGAGGCUCAGGCCGAACCCUCCGGCGGGACGGCGGCGCGGGGUCCCGGUUCCAAACAAGCAGAGAUGGCGAAAGACGACGGGCCGCAAGACCUGAGAGUGUUUGAGCUCAACUCUGACAGCGGAAAGUCGACGCCCUCCAACAACGGCAAGAAAGGGUCCAGCACAGAUGUGAGUGAGGACUGGGAGAAGGACUUUGACCUGGACAUGACAGAGGAAGAGGUCCAGCUGGCUCUGUCUAAAAUAGAGGGUUCUGGAGAGCUGGAUGAAGACUGGGAGAACUGGGAGUGAGAUCCUCACUAGCAGAAAAGUGUCUCGCCGUCAAAGCGGUUCUGGGCAGAUAAACCAUGCUUCUCGUGUUUUAACUCUUUUUCCACUCUGUCACCAUGUCAUGAUUGUCAGUGGGGGAUUUUCUGGCUGGUUCGGACCACGUGGCAAACCUGUUGAAAAGAGAAACAGGAAGAACCCAAGGGCAAUAAGAAUUGGACCGCUUCAUCAGCUGUCAGAUUAGUGCAGAUAAACCUCUGGAGAGGGUCUCCGAGCGCCCUCUCAUCUAGAACGCUUAACGACACUACGGCAAGGUUGCAAUUCUUCUGACCUUGAAGCUAAUCAGCAUUCGUAGUCAGGAUG